GGUCGUUUAGAGGUUGACGUUGUGUACACGCAGGAGCACCCAGCUCUCAGCACAUUUGCUAUUUCUCAGAGCGAACACAUUUGGGGCCUACUAGUACACCAGGAGAGAGGGACAGAGAGGAGCGACAGUGAGGACGAGCAGUGCCCAAGAAUCGGCCAGUACCAACAAGAUGGCGAGUGUUUCGGACUCAGAUGAUGACAUGCCGCUCGCGCAAUUUUCGAAGAAGCAUAAGAAGAACGCGGCUGCUGGAGAAUCGGACAAGGCAAAGACGAAAGCCAAGCCAACCGCCAAGGCAAAGGCUCCCAUCAAAAGCGCGGCCGCCAAGAAGCUGGUGACCAAGAAGGGGCCGGCGAAGAAGCCCACCCCCGCGAAGAAGGGCGCCAAGAAAUCGCCCACGCCGAAAGCUAAGGGCAAGGGUCCGGCAGCGAAGAAAGCUCCGGUAAAAAAGAAAACAAAGCGGAAGACGAAACCACGAGAGCAGGAGUCUUCGGGGGACAAGCUGGUCACUCGAUCAGGAGUGCUGUACGACACGAAGAAGGGUGAGAUGAUUCAGAAGCUCCUCUGCCGUUGGUGGUAUGCAUUGGAGUGGCCGGCAAAGAAGGACCUGCGGCCAGCCCCUCCUUCGUACGAGGCGCUGGAAGGGUACCCGGGCGUGUUCAUCUGUGUCGAGGGCGAUGAUAUCGGCAAGCUCCUCGACGUGCGCAACAAGGAGACCUGUCCGUGCUUCACGAAUUUCGCAAAUAAGAGUUCGGAGGAGCUGAAGGGGCUUUUGGAGACAGCGUUGACGACGCAAAAGGAGGCCCUGAUUGCUCACUGGGGGAAAAACGUGGCCGAAGAGGCGAAUAUCGACAGGGAGCUCAAGUGGUUGAAGAGCGUGGACCCGGCGAAGGCAGACAAGGCGGCUGUCAGGGCGCUUGCUGGAAAGUUCUAG